AUGCGCUCAGAGGAGCAAGGCAGCAUGCUGGGCUCCGGCUUCAAAGCUGAGCGCUUACGAGUCAAUUUGAGAUUAGUCAUAAAUCGUCUUAAAUUGUUGGAGAAAAAAAAAACGGAACUGGCCCAGAAAGCAAGGAAAGAGAUUGCUGACUAUCUGGCCGCUGGAAAGGAUGAGCGAGCACGAAUCCGCGUGGAACACAUUAUCCGGGAGGACUACCUUGUGGAGGCCAUGGAAAUCCUGGAGUUGUAUUGUGACCUGCUGCUGGCUCGGUUUGGCCUUAUCCAGUCUAUGAAGUUGCUGAUCAGCUCUGUGCUAAAUAUAGCAAGGAAUAUGCUAAUGCACAAACUGAGUGUAGAAGCUCCGCCCAAAAUCCUAGUGGAGAGAUACUUGAUUGAAAUUGCCAAGAAUUACAAUGUACCCUAUGAACCUGACUCUGUGGUCAUGGCAGAAGCUCCUACUGGGGUGGAGACAGACCUUAUUGAUGUUGGAUUUACAGAUGAUGUGAAGAAAGGUGGUCCUGGAAGAGGAGGAGGGGGCGGGUUUACAGCCCCUGUUGGUGGACCUGACGGAACAGUGCCAAUGCCCAUGCCUAUGCCAAUGCCCAUGCCCUCUCCAAAUGCUCCCUUCUCAUAUCCACUGCCAAAAGGACCAUCGGAUUUCAGUGGAUUGCCAGUGGGGACUUACCAGGCCUUCCCUAACAUUCACCCACCUCAGAUACCAGCAACUCCCCCAUCGUAUGAAUCUGUAAGUGCCUGA